AACUCACGUUGUGAUAUGAGGCAAAAAAAGUGUUUUUUUAUCAGCAUAAUUUCUUCAAGAAAUGUGAACGGAAUGCCAAAGCAGCCAAAAAAAAAUAAUGAGUCAAUUUUGCGAUUGGGCUAAUAAAUUGGAAGAUAUAACGAAUUUAUUGGUCGUUCAUUGAUAUGGAAUAACGUUGGUGGGAAUGUAUGUUGGACACUUGAGUAAAUGACGAUUAGAUUAAAUAACAAACAAACACAAAAAAUAUAAAUAAAACUGAAAACUAAAAAAAAGAAUUACGCUCAACGCAACGCAACUGUUCGAUAGGGAGGUGUAAAAAAGUGCCGGGCAAAGAAAGUCGUUCACAAAUGCAUGCCCGCUUGUCAGUGGAUAUUAACAAGUCGGCAAGAAUAGAACAAAAAACACAACUCAGCUAGAAAACAAAAACAUAAUUGCAAAAGUGUUAUAAGAAAUAAAAAAAAAAAAUAACAACAACAAGAAAGAAGUGUCAACACAAGAAAAGUGCAACAACAACAAUUUUGUUUUUAUUUUGGUUUUCGAAAUAUUUUUGGAAAACGGCCAACAAAGAAAAAAUAUAAACAACAUUUUGAAAUUUUUUUUCCUAUGAAAUGGCAACAAUGUUAAAUGAAACUGUGGCAACUGUCAUUAGUGCCAAACAGUGUAAACAAAUUUUACAAAAAUACAACGAGGAACAUGAAACGGAUUUGAAGCUGCUUAGCUUUAGUGUUAGCCCAGCGGAAGAGGUAAAAGGUUUCUUGGGGGAAUAUUUUCAUUUGAAUUUGCUUUGCACGGAGGCGACAGAGGCAACAGCAGCAGAAGCUGAGGUGAAUGAAAAUGAUGAAGAGUUAUGCGAGGAGGAAAGCAAUGAAAGGGAAAAUGACGAUUUUGAGGAGGAUUUCAUGGGCCAGAGUCUGAAAUUUUUUAUCAAGAAGCUGCCAUUGGUCCAUGAGCUACACGAAAAGGUGGUUAUAUUCCGCAAAGAAUGCCGUUUGUACAGUUCUCUGUUGAUGGAAUUGCAAGAAUAUUCUCCCCAACCAUGGUGUCCCAAGGUGUACCUGAGCUCUUCCCAAUUGCUAGUCUUACAAGAUCUCGAAGACAGUGGCUAUCACUCCCUGAACAACAAAGAACACCUAGAAGAAUCCGAAAUUUUUGCCAUACUCAAGGGGUUGGCGGCCAUGCAUGCAUCCAGUCUUCUCUAUGAGCUCUACGACAAAACCAUUGAAGACAACUAUUAUGACUGCCUUAAAGAAAUCACCGUGCAUCCAGAUAUACCCUGGUUUACAACGGGCCUGCGGGCACUAUUACAAAUAGCAAAGCUACAUCCAAACUUCCAAGAGGAAGUAUCACAGGAAUUUAUCGAUAAAGAGUUGCCAUAUCAUUUGAAAUCGGUUUACUUCAUGGUAAAUCCCUCUCCAAAAUAUCGUAAUGUGGUGUGUCACAGAGACACCUGGGGUGGUAAUAUUUUCCUAAACUCUGAAGAUCCUGAUGACGCUGCCAUGUUUGUUGAUUUUCAAACCUGUCGUUAUUGUCCACCAGCAAUUGAUAUCAUUUUUACUCUCUUCAUGAAUCUAACGAAAGAAGAGAGAGUGGCAAGAGAAAAUGAGUAUUUACAUUACUAUUGGAGUGAGUUCAAGAGAAUAUUGGCCGCCAAUGAUGAUGAUGGCGGAGAGAGUUGGGGUCUCAGUGAAACGGAAUUUUUCGAAUCUUAUGAAGAGUUUAAAUUAUUCGGUUAUGUUUAUCGUGCCUUGGCUGUGACGAUUUUAAAUGUUCCCAAAGAAAUGGUAACAGAGGAAUAUAAAAAUGUAGAGAGAACAGAGCCAUUGCUGAGAUAUAUGGAAGAGAAUGAGGAAUUUCGCUUGCUCAUGGACGAAUGUGUGGAGGAUGUAAUUGAAGCUGUAGUGGAAAUUAGGACAAAGGAGGAAAGUUUUUAGAAUUUAAA